GAGAUCGGGAUCCUUUCGUCAACUCGGACUUGAGAAACUCGCCCGCGCGGCCGAGUUGGGAAGAUUUAAUUAUACCUAUUAUUUUAUUAUACAUCUCGGCCGUAGGCUUAAUUACUAUGCGGGCGAGUCAAUACAAUUCAUUUUUGUGAAUUUGUUUAUUCGUCAUCUCGGCCGAAUACAAGAAGUACAUUCACGUUAUAAAAUAUUUAAAACAAACAAUUAUUUUUUUAGCCAGAAUAAGUUGAACGCUAUGCUACGUUGCUAUAGAUGCGUCUGAUAUCCACCAAUCAUAUUCAUUGCUGCACAUAGCAUAGCACUGGCCAAUGAAUAUGAUUGAUGGAACGUAGCAUAGCACAUCUCUGGUGGAAAGGCACCCUAAGAGCUGGAUUAACCUAAGGACAAAAUUUUGAUAAUAAUUUAUAAAAAAAUGAAUAUCGAACAAACAUCAAAUUUGAUCGAACAAUCAAGAACAAACGACGAACAAACGAUUUAGUAAAAAAAUAAUUAAAAAUGAAUAUUUUUCGCCGCCAAGUUAAGGGAGCUUGCUCUGAGUGUGUAAUACAGCGUAUCGAUGAAAAACGUCAAACCAAUGUCAAACAGACAGGGUUACUGUAAUUAACCUAUCAAGAUCACGCGUCACAAAAUGUAUGUAUGCCGACGCUGCGCCAAAGUAACCGGUUUCUAUAAGGGCGUUAAUAAUCAGUAUUAUUAUUGUGAUAAGGAAGACGAGAGGUUUGGUGUGCAAUGUUGCCGCCAUCUUAAAGGCUGCCACAGAGCUUGUGUUGUGUUAAGUGAAAAUUGUGAAGUUUUAUAAAGGUAAGUAAGCCAAAUCAUACUAUUUUAUAAUAUUAAUUUUAUAGCAAUAUUCCAUUAUAGCUAAGUAUCUAUUUUUUUUCAUACUCCUGUUAACCACGAUCGUAUUUUUUGGUAAUCCUAACUAAUAAACAGUAAUUUUGAAUAGCAGAUGGCCGCCAUUUUGACUGCUUUGUUGUAACGGCGUCUGUUUUAAUUUAAACUAAAAUACUCUCUUGAUUUCUAUACAACUUAUCUAAAACAAAAUGUAUAGUGUAUCCAAUUUUUUUUACAGCUAAUGCAACCAGUCUUCUGAUUUUUAUUAAGUAGCAAAUAUUAUAAACACAAUGAAUGCAGGCGAUGAAUCACAACCAGGGCCAUCUGGCUUACAAAAUCAACCCCAAUUACAAAUAUUGACAUCACAAAGGGGUAAGCGAUUGCUUCUUCGCGCGGGGCAUAAAUACAACGAAAAAAGAAAUAAUAAAGAUGGUACUACCACUUGGUACUGUAUAAAAAGGACCACGUGCAAGGCGGCACUAGUUACUUCUACUGACAACUCAAUUAAAAGAGAGGAUAUACACAAUUGUGAGCCUGAUUUCGCAUCCAACGAAUUAGAAAUACAACUUGGAAAGUGUAUUGAUAAAAUUACAUCGGACUAUACUAUUCCAGUGCCGAGUGCUUAUAGAGAAACUGUAUCAAAACUUAAAGACAGUGGAAUUAAUUUGAUUAAAAAAAUACCUGACUUUGUGAAUGUUAAAAAUAAGCUUUAUAAAAAGAGAAAUAAAUCAUUGGACGUCCCAAAAGUCUGUUUUAAAUCCCCAAGUGAAAUUAUUGUUUCUGAAAAAUUUAAAAAUUUUGUAUUAGCUGAUUAUAAUUAUAAAUCAAACAGAAUUCUAGUUUUUGCUAAUGAAAAUUGUAGAACAAUAUUAUCUCGCUCAAAUUUGACUAUUUUAUGUGAUGGAACCUUCAAAUGUUGUUUAAGGCCUUUUCAACAAUUGUACACCGUGCAUGUUGAUUUAGGAAGCAAUGAGAUGUAUAACAAUAUUAUGCCAGUGGUAUAUGCCUUGCUGCCAAGUAAAACAAAAAAUAUCUAUAACACUUUGUUUAACCUUAUCAAAAGCCAAAUCCCUCAAUUUAAUCCAAAAUUAUUUGUACUAGACUUUGAGCAAGCAGCAUUGUCCGCAAUUACAGAAACAUUCCCUGAAACACAAAUAAGUGGUUGUCAUUUUCAUUUUUCGAAAAGUUUGUGGCAAAGAGCUGACAAUUUAGGCCUAACCAAAUUUAAAUUAGCCAGAAAACAUAUAAAACGUUGCUCUGUUUUGGCGCAUCUACCUAAAGAAGAUGUAGAAAGUGGUUGGUUGUAUAUAAUGUCACAAUGUCCAAGAACUCCAAAUAUAGUCUCAUUCAAUGAUUAUUUUGUAGAAACGUGGUUAAGUGAAGAAUCAUUUUUUUUUAAUAAAUGGAACUGCUACAAUACACAACAUCGUACAACCAAUAUGAUUGAAAGUUGGCAUUCUACUAUUAACAAAAAAAUACCAGCCAAACCCAAAAGUAUAGCACAAUUUUUAACAAUAUUACAAAAAGAAGAUGAUUAUUUUAAUGUAUUAUACCAAAAAGGGUCUAACAUAACCAAAAAACUUAAAGAAACACAAGAAAUUGAUGAAAAUAUAUAUACUACCAUUAAUGAAUAUAAACAAGGGAAAAUAAAUAUAGAUCUCUGUAUCGAACGACUUGUUUUAUAAUUUUGUUAUUUAUCUAUUGCAUAAUUAUGACAAAUAAUACUAGUCAGUUGAUUGUAGUGAUUUUUCAAAAAAGUAAGUUUUUAAUUAAUCUGUGAUGUUUAAAAUGAUCUGUGAUUUUUUAAGUGAUUUAUAUGAUAGUAUAAAUAUUAGUGUGUAAGUUAAAUGAUUUAUGUGAUAAUAAAAACAUUAGUGUGUCUGUCAAACAUGUACUUUAAUAAUUGUCCAUACCGAUUGUUGAAUCCUAUUAGACUAAGCUUAUUUUUUUAUACAUCUAUGUUGAUUUUUUAAAUAUAUACAUGUUUUUAUAUUUUUAAGCUUGUUUUAUUUUACCUAUAGAAAAAUAUAUUUAAAAUCGAACCACUUUUGUACUUGACUGUACAAUAAUGCUUUUUAUUUUCAUUGACGGCCGAGUUGACGAAUACAAUAUACGAAAAAAUUACUUCGGCAACUCGACCGCGUGGCGCGGCCGAGUCGCAUAAUAAAAGAAUAAUUAAUAUUUUAUUUUCCCAACUCGGCCGCGCGGGCGAGUUUCUAGCGUCCGAGUUGACGAAUU